AUGAAUACAAACCCCGACAAUAAUUAUGUUCCGCUAUUGAAAGAUGAAUCAGUAUCUACUAUUAAUACAACGACUAGCACUGCUACAGGCACAUCUGUAACAACUCCUGGACCACCAUUAUCUAAUAAUAAUGAUGCUAUACCUCCAUCAAGUCUACCGGCAGUUGACUCAGUGUUGACAAAUUUUUUCAGCGGUGCCAAUACGAAACAAUCAUCAAUCACAAAAUUAACCAAUCGUCACACCACAUCAAAGAAACCUAGGAAAAAAAGAGAGACCAAUAUCAGAGCAUGCGAUGCAUGUGCCAUUAAGAAAGUCAAAUGUGACGUAACUAGACCUUGCAAUCAUUGUCGUACAAAUAAUAUCCCUUGUACUCAAAAUAGAGAACGUAAAAAAUCAGGUCCGAAAACAUUGACUAAAAGAACUUUGGAAUCAAUUAAUAAUUUAAGUGAUGUUAUUGAAAAAAAUACCAAUGGUGGAAUACGUCCCGGUGUAGGAAAACGUCCCCUGUCAAGAAGUUUUUCAAGAAGUCCUUCAAAUGAAUUAAUGGAUGAAGAUAUUAAGCACAUCACCACUGAACAACAUCAACAUGGAGACGAAUUGAAAUCAAAUACUCAUUCCAUAUCUCCCGUCAUGUCAAAUGGAUCUUCAGCAACACCAAAUCCUAUGCCAAAACAAGAAUCUCAAUUUGAAUCCAUGCAACAACAUCCUCAACUGGCAAUAGCAGAAUUGAAGUCACAGUAUCCAUCUAAUAGUGCUGUUGGAAGUACCCUUGGUUCUACGGUUAAUUUAGCAGCUACCACUAUAGAGGAUUAUAUUGUUACACCUUUCCAUCUUAUUGAGAAUUUAAACUUAAUUGGAGAAGAACCGUCUAUUUAUGAAUUGAUCAAACCGUUGAGUUCUCCUACUGUUAUUGAACAUUAUGGUGUAUUGGUUGAUUUUUUAAAGUCAAAUUAUCCUGAUAGACAAGAUCUCGAAACAGGUUAUAAUCCAAGACAUGAUGAAUUAAAUUUUGUUGAGCAUCACGAUGAUUCAUUGUUUUUGUCCAAAUUAUUGGUGAUUUUAACUUUAAAUCAAAUUGUGGCUGAAUUACUAAUUAAAUUAAAGAAACAAAAAUUCAAAGCCUUUAAAAAAUAUCCUAAAAAAUAUCUUAUGUUUAGACCUUUCAAACAUUUUAAGAAUUUGUGUCAUUUCAAGGUAUUGGAAAUAUUCACUUUGGUUGAAAAGAAUUUCAUUGUUCCCCCAACCAUUCCACAAAAUAGAAUUAAUAAUAGUAACAAUGGUCAAGGUUUGAAUGUGAGUGGUAGUGGUGGUAUUCCCAACAACAACAACAACAACAAUAAUAAUAAUAAUAAUAAUAACAACAAUAUGAAUUCGCCAGGAAACCUUCAAUUGUUCCUGCAUUUGAAUCAAUAUGAAAUUUAUUACAAUUUAUCAUUAACUUGUAUUCAAUUGUGCAAUUAUUAUCAUAUUCUAAAUCUUACCAAUACAUUAAAUUCAACUAAUCUGAGUUCAAACAAUUAUGGAAAUGAAGCACAGGAACAUCAAAAGAUUUUAUUUCUUCAUCGGGCAAUAACAUAUUUUCAAUUGAUUAAUCUUCGAAAUAAUGAUCAAGUUGCACCAGUUGAAGAACUUUAUGCAUUGUUGUAUUCCUUUGAACGAUAUUAUAUUGUUUUAUCGAGUCACAAUUAUAAUUUAAAUGUGACACGUAAUAAUGCUAUUAUUUUACAAUUAUUGUCAUCAAAUUUUCAAGGUAAAGGGUACAUUUAUGAGUUGAUGCAAGUAUUAACUAAUCAAGGGUUAAUCAAUGAUUUAUGUUAUCGAUCAAAUUUUAAUAUCACUUUGGAGUAUUCCAAACCUGUUCCAGGUUUUUAUGAGAGUAAACAAUUGAUUAAAAAUUUAACUCCAAAUGAACCUAUUUAUCAAAUUAUUGAAAAUAUCAUACUAUUUAAGAUUUUACUUGUUAAACCAUUAUCAUUUAAUGAAUGUAAACAAGAAAUUGUUUCAAUAAUCAACAAUUUGAAUUGUUUAUUGGAGAGCAAUAAUAAUGAUAUAUUUAAAGUCAAAUUAUCAAAUUAUCAAAUUUUGCAACCAAUGUUGCAUUGUUUAAAAAUAUUUUUGGAAAUUAAAACCAUUGAAGUUAAAUCAGGAUACAACAAUUCAAAUAAUACAGGAUUAAGUGAUCAAAUGAUUUUAGUUAAAUUUAGUGAUAAUUUGAUUUUACAUUUCCCAUUUUUUAAUAAUAUUAAUAAAUUAAUUAGAGCUCAUAAAAUAUUGAAUAAUUGGUUUUUAAAUUUGAGUGAAAUUAGAAAAGAUGAUGAGCAACAACAACAGCAACAUCAUAAUUCACAAAUGGAGAAUAAACCUAAACCAGAACAGCCACAACCAAAAACUCCAGCUCAAUUACCUACAUUACCUGAAGUAUCUCAAUUACAAACAGUGUCUCAAUUUUCGGUUCCAUCAAUACUGUCCCACGUUCCAUUACCAAUUUCUCAACAGCAACCACCACCAGCAGCACCACCACCGCAACAACAAUUAUCACAUCUUCAUCAUCAUUCACUACAACAACAACAACACAUAAUUCACAAUUUUCUUCACCUCAAGUUACACAUCAAACACCACAACAGCAUAUGGAUGGAACACAAUUGCUUUCAUAUGAUAUUCUACCAUUAA